GGGACUGAGGAGUGGGGGAGCUGACAUGGGGCUGCUGACUUAUUACUGUGGCUCUUUGGCAAUGUACAAUGGUAAAUUCUGGCUCCUUCUCAGGCUCGGGUUGGCCACCCCUGAUCUCUGUUGCAUGGCCUGAAAGUUGAUCAGAUUAUCAUGGGUGGCUCUUUGUGUUAUGGAAAUAGAGGGGGAUGGGGAAUCUAUAAUCCCCACUGCCUUCCAAAAAACCUAAAACAACCCUCUGUUCCCUAGCUCCUUGAAACAUUCAGCAAAUGUUAUUGGUCCCUUUUAGAGCCAGUUCUGUCUCAGCAAAACCUUAGAAUGAUUAGUGUCUGACCCCAACAGUAGAUGAGUUUCCCUGCUCAAAGCUCUGGUCAGUUUCAAGGAGGUUUCUGUGUCCUGAUUUCUGCAGCUUUGAUCUGUUCAUGCUCCAACUGCAAUCAAGCAAACUCAACGUGCAAAACAGAUGGGGCUUGCAUGGUCUCCAUCUCCAAUCUGGAUGGAGUUGAGCACCACAUCCGGACCUGCAUCCCUAAAGCAGAGCUGAUUCCUGCUGGAAAACCCUUCUACUGCCUGAGUUCAGAAGAUCUGCGUAACACACAUUGCUGCUACUCUGAUUAUUGCAACGAAAUUGACCUAAGGGUACCCAGUGGUCACGUGAAAGAGAAUGAAUCUCAGUCUAGCUGGGGCCCUGUGGAGUUAGUAGCAGUGAUUGCAGGGCCUGUCUUCCUUUUGUUUGUCGUCAUGAUUGUAGUGGUUUUCGUCUUUCAUCACCACCAACGAGUUUAUCACAAUCGUCAGCGGUUGGACAUGGAAGAUCCCUCUUGUGAAAUGUGUCUGUCCAAGGAUAAGACUCUGCAGGAUCUAGUUUAUGAUUUCUCCACUUCUGGCUCUGGCUCAGGUUUGCCACUCUUUGUCCAGCGAACUGUGGCUCGAACGAUUGUCCUGCAGGAGAUCAUUGGAAAAGGCCGCUUUGGGGAGGUGUGGCGUGGCAGGUGGCGUGGAGGUGAUGUGGCUGUGAAAAUCUUCUCUUCACGGGAAGAGCGCUCCUGGUUUAGGGAAGCAGAAAUAUACCAGACUGUCAUGUUGCGACAUGAGAACAUCUUGGGGUUUAUUGCUGCCGAUAACAAAGAUAACGGGACUUGGACUCAGCUGUGGCUUGUCUCUGAUUACCAUGAGCAUGGCUCUCUAUUUGAUUAUCUCAACAGAUACACAGUGACCAUUGAGGGAAUGAUUAAACUGGCCUUGUCUGCUGCCAGUGGCUUGGCACACCUACAUAUGGAGAUUGUGGGGACCCAGGGAAAACCAGGGAUUGCACACAGGGACUUGAAAUCCAAGAACAUCCUUGUGAAGAAGAACGGCAUGUGUGCCAUUGCUGACCUGGGUCUGGCUGUCCGGCAUGAUUCUGUUACCGAUACCAUUGAUAUUGCACCAAAUCAAAGGGUUGGAACCAAACGAUACAUGGCACCUGAGGUCUUGGAUGAAACCAUUAACAUGAAGCAUUUUGAUUCAUUUAAAUGUGCUGAUAUCUAUGCCCUUGGCCUGGUCUAUUGGGAGAUUGCUCGUAGGUGCGGUUCAGGAGGUAUCCAUGAAGAAUAUCAACUCCCAUACUAUGACCUUGUGCCCUCUGACCCCUCCAUUGAGGAGAUGCGGAAGGUUGUGUGUGAUCAGAAGCUGCGCCCCAACAUCCCUAACUGGUGGCAGAGUUAUGAGGCUUUACGAGUGAUGGGCAAGAUGAUGCGCGAGUGCUGGUAUGCCAAUGGUGCAGCUCGGCUAACGGCCCUUCGCAUUAAGAAAACACUCUCGCAGCUCAGCAUCCAGGAAGAUGUGAAGAUCUAGCCCACAAGUUGCAGCAUGAGGAAGCUGCCCAAAAGCUGCCAUGAUAGUUGACGAGAUUGAGGCCUACCUCGUGUUUCUACCCAACCUACUGCUACUGACCAGACCGUGUGACCUAUGGGCUGCUAGCUAGGGAGGACAGAGCCUAUUAAAAGAAAUGUUCUUUUCCUGGUUUGGGUAUGAAACAAACAGAACCCUUUUAUAACCACCUCCUGACAGCGUGGAGACUUGAGAGGGAUUUGUGUGGAUGGAUCUCGCCAUGACCAUCACUUUUGUUUCUUUGAUGGAAAUCCCUGUGUAGUCCAGUGAAUAUGGCAUGUUCAUUGGGAAGCAUUCAGGGCCUGGGAGUGGGGAGGGACAGGGACGGUGGUAUUGCCAUACCUGCAGGCUUUCCAGGGUCUGGCACAGACACACAGAAGAGGCAUUGGCUUCAUGAAACCAUUUCUCCUUCUUUUGAGCUUGAAAAAUUCAAAAAGCCAGACUGGCUGUGUGUGUGGUGUGUGUGUGCGUGCAAGUGUGUGCAUGUGCAAAGCCAUGUGUGCCCUGUGCCUGCUUAGUCCCCCUUAGAUGUGCGGAGUAUCUGCUUGUAGGUUCGCACAUUCCUGUUUGUGUUUUUCUGUGCAUGUGCAAGUCUAAAGUGCUGGUGCCUUGCCUGUCCAGUAGUGAGCAUUAUCUAGCUUGAACAGGCUACUUACAGCCAGAUCUUCUUUCUCCUAGAGCAGGGCUCUAUCCUGCCAGUUGUACACCAGCUGCAGGAACUUUCUGUCAAGUUGCCUCACUGCCAUCCCUCUCCUUUUUAAAGCAGGGUACUGAUUUUUGUCCCUGAAAUUUUAAGCUUUUGUUUUGAGAACCCUGGUUUGUAAUGUGUGGUAGCAUGGAAGGAUUGCCUUGCCAGAGGAGUCAUCCGCGGGAGGGGUGCAAAGGAGACAAGAGCGUGUCUGAGAGAUUGGAGCUGGCGCUACCCCUGGGUGGAGGGGACCAGGCCACAGGGACAUGCAGGAUAUCAGCCUCUUAGGAGCAUAACCCAUGGAUCUCUCAAAGGGUUUUGGCAGGAGCACUCUAGAACUUGGAGCCAAGCAUAAGGUCUGACCUGUGAAGAUCUCUGUGCCCACGAAAACAGUUGUGCACAGCACCUCUCAAGGAACACUCGGCACACUGCAGGAUCUGACCAUUGGUGACUAGGAUUGGAAAUACGUGUCCAUCUUUUAAAUAUACAUAUAUAAAUAUCUCCUAUUCUGGAAGCAGCUGUGUAUAACUCUUUGGGUUGGGUAGGGAGGGGGUAACUGCAUGAAUCUUAUUUUAAUUGAAUAACCAAUCAGGGUGAAGUAGAAUUGAUUUGAAUGUUGCCUAGUGAGUGUUAGAAAUAGCCCAGGGCUGAGUCCUGUGUCUGAACUGAAUGCAGCAUUAAAGACAACAUUAGAAGGCUGGGUUGUAUGAUGGUUAGGGUAUUAUCUGUGCUAUGUGACUCUGAAGCCAUAACUUUUAACUGGAGUGCAUUUGAUUAUUUUUUAUUUGAUUGGGAGGGUCUGGAUUUUAACUUUUUUUAAUAUUCUUAAUUUUUAUAAGAGAAGAGAAACAAUCUAUAAUUACCUCUCAACCUCUUUGUUUGUUUGUAAAGAAAUCACUGCAAAAAAAGGAAAAAAAAAUGCAAAUGCACACAGCUGAAUUUACACUGGAACUUUCUACUCGAACCUUGAGCCUGCUCUGUAAGGUGAGCGUUCAUCUCUUCUCUGGCUCACAGGUGGUUGUGUUUUUUUUUUUAACAGACUUUCUGUUCUCACUGUCUGUGUGUCUCUGUUCCCUCAGGCCCCCAUCCCAUCUGUGAUUUAGAUCCCUCACAUGAGGAGUCUUGCAUUGUGUUUGGAGCCAUUUUGCAUUCUUCCCUUGCUUUUAAAUGACAAGCAGGACAGAGCUGCUCCCUGCCUGCAGUGGUCUGCAUCUUAGACCCUUGGUUCAUGUGGCAGCAUACGUGGUUGGUGAAUGUACAGCUUCCCCUUCUGAUUUUGUUCUGAUAUUUCUCAGCCAGAAAUUACUGCAUCUCCAGUGUGACUUGUUACUUACCGAACCCUUCUUCUGCAUUGAGAAACCAAGGUGGUGUGUGCCUUAAAAAUACCUACAAGAAAGACUCGUCAGCUACUGUAGCGGGACCAUUAGGAUGAGACUUGUGCAGGGGCUGGGGAGGAAGUCUGAGCAACUGAAAUAAACUGCCACAGAGAGGCCCAUCACACUGAUGAGUAGGGGUUGCCAUCUGGUCUUCCCAUGAGCAUUAAGAAAAUUCUCCCUCCAGAGCACAAGGUCUCCAGUUCCAUUAGCUGUCCAAAGACUUUCUUUGAAACUAAUUCAGCAAUUUAAUUCCUUGGUUGAUCCGCUCCGCCACCCCCAACAGUAGCCACACAUGUACCUGCCUCAAUACCAUACCAAACAGCACAUGCCAGCAUUGUACUGGACCCGCGUGUCUGGAAGGAAUUGGUAUCUCCUUGUGAUAAGGAUUAUGAAACACUCAGUUCAUAGGUACAGAUGAGAGCGGUCAAACCCUGGCUGGACCCUCUGAGAUGGGAAUAACAAUGUAGCAUUUAUACAGCACUUCUCAUGCAAAUGUGCAAGAGUGGUGUGUGCAAACCUUACUUAGCUGACUUGUCGCAAAUCUAGGGAUCACUUUGCCCGGCACUGAAAUGCAGCCUUGUCUGAAGUGAGACACACCAGCUGUUUUAGCAGCAUACAGUAACAAAACAGUUGGGUUUAGGCAUUUGGUUCAACCAGGGGAGGUUUUCAGGUUGAUCAAUGGAUCAAACUGGGGAGGGGUUUCAGGUCAAAGCUUGUGCCUCUAGUCUCUGACACAAGAUGAAUGGAUGGUACUCUGGCUUCAGAACAGAUCUCUCUGGGUACUUAUCUGCCCCCUUUCUAUGUACGUUUUAUUAGAAAAGGACUGUAAAAUAGUCACUUAGACACUUUACCUCUUCAGUAUGCAAAUGUAAAUACAUUGUAAUAUAGGAAAUCUUGUGUUUAAUAUAAGAACAAGCUGUCCAAUUUCUGCUGUACAUGAUUAAAGUUCAUUUUAUUC